AUGACGUUCGCGUCGCCAGGCCGCAAGGAGCAGCCGCCGGCGGCGAGUCGACCCCGGAACCGAUCCCGGAAACAGCACGUCAAGACGCCCUCGGCGCCGCCGUGUCCACCCCACGAGAAGGAGGUCAGCACCGAGGACGACUGGACGAGGGUCAAGUGCCCCAAGGAGAAGAAGAGGAUACAAAACAGGGUGGCGCAGAGAACGUAUCGUCACCGGAUGAAGGCACGGCUGGGAGAGCUGCAGGCCCGGCUGGACAGCCACGAGCGUCUGCGGCACCAGCAGCCCGGUCGUGGGCACGGGGACGCCGAGAUGCCGCGCGGGGCGGACGGAGCGUUUACGGCGGCGGCGCCUGAUGUCGUCGGCAUGGGGCACCCGAGCGGCAUCAGCCCGAGCUUGGCGGCUGCGCACGCCCACGCUGGGGGGAGGAAGGGGUCGUCGCCGCUGGCGGCGGAGAUGGCGGUGCUCCCGGGUGGCACAUACGACAAGGUUGCUACGCACGAGCCGGAGCCGGCCUUUUACUCGCACAACGCGCAGUAUCUCCACAGCCCGCCGCGCGGCUAUCCCUCCCCGCAAGCCUCCCACGGGCUGCUGUCCCCGCCGGCGAGAUGGGAGGUCGAGCAGCCGGCCGAGGUGUCGCAGGACUUUCUCGACUGCCUGCAUUUCCAGACGGAGCUGCUCGACAAGCUGAGCACGCUGGGCCCGGAGCCGGCGUUUGCUGUGCAACCGCAGUACAGCCCGGUGGAUGCGUUGCCGCCAGCCGUGAUUGGGUUGAACCCGUCCCCCCUGAACUACAUGGAGCCCUUUACCCCCGGCCGCAUGGACCCUCUCGAGUAUGUCUACGACGGCGCCCGGACCGCCUGGAAAGCCGGCUACGAAGGCAAAGCCCGACCGUCGCUACCGGCCCUCGACCCCCUGGGCGGCGGCGGCGGCGGCGGCGGCGGCUUUUCGUCCUCGCUGGCGGCCACCCCGCCCGCGCAGCCGUGCUCCGCCGACGCGCCCGCCGAGCUGGCCGGCAGGAUCGAAGCCGUCGUGCGGCAGGUCCACGCCGCCGGCUUCGAGAGCCUCGACGCCGCCGCCACGGCCUACUACACCGCCGCGUUGGGCAACACGCCCCUGGCCGCGGAGCAGCACGCCAGCCGCAGCAGGAGGCUGCCCCGGGCCGUGGCGGACGUCUUCCGCGCGACGCACACCUGGCCGCCCUGGGAGCGGCGCGGCUUCCGCGACGAGAUGGCCAAGACGGCCCGCGCGAUGCUGCACGCCGAGUCGUCCGCCGCGCGGGCCAGCCUGGCGGGCCAGCUGGCCCCGCUGCUGGACAAGCCGGACCUGAAGCCACAGGCGCUCGAGGCGCUCAAGAAGACGCUCAAGAGAGAGUUCCCAACCGCGUGGGCCUUCAACGCGGCCCUGUUGAGCGGCGACGGCGCGGCGGGAGGGCAGACGGACGGCUCGAACGCGGUGCUGGCGACGGUGCUGCUGCAGCAGCUUGCGGGAAAGGUGCCCCGGAGCCAGCUGGUGCAGGUGGUGGAGGCUUGCUUAUAA